AUGUUUUCCCUGUCUGAACUGGCACCUCUGAACCAGCACCAGAACCAAUGCAAGUUACUGAAGCCCUGGUGGGAGGUCUUCAUGGAUUACCUGGGGGUCCUGAUGCUCCUGGCCUCUGUCCUGGCCUGUACCGAGCAGCUUUCCCGGGACAAGCUCUUGUGCAUUCCUCUGGAUCCACACGCCGGUCAGUCUAGUAGCCCUAGUGACAACAUGGAGGAGCAGAUUACAUCUCAGCCAAGUACCAGCACAACUCCAACCAUCAACUCCCAACCUCAGGGUCGACGGACUAAUUUGGUGUAUCAGCAAUAUGUGUAUAUCAGUCAGGUAUGUUACCAUGACGCUCUGCCUUUCUGCUCACGUUUCUUCCCCUACAUGGCCUUGAUGCAGUCCCUGGUCCUAGUGACCUCUGGCUCCUUCUGGCUGCAUUUUCCACACACUUCGGCCCGCAUAGAGCAUUUCCUCACCAUCUUGAGCAAGUGCUGCGAGUCACCAUGGACAUCUCAGGCCUUGUUCCAUGCUGCGCAACAAGACACUGCCCAAGAGACAAACGUGACCUAUCAGAGAGCUCCGUUACGUUCGUCAUCAUAUUUCCUGUCAAUGAACUUUAUCAGGAAUGCCAGCAUAGACUCAAGUAGUGAUAGUCCACUGUUAAAAAGAGCGGCAAGCAUUUCUACCACCGUUCCUCCAUCGCCAUGUCUCUCCUCUCAAUCCUGCACCUUUGAAAAAACUUCUACCUUACUGAGCUCCCAAACACACCCCUUCAAAACAACAGUGUUUGAAAAUCAUGAUCCCCAGCGUGAUGUCAGCCUGGAUAAGAAUGACGGCGAACAGGCCAGGGCACUGUUUGAGAAGGUCCGCAAAUUCCGAUCGCACAAUGAAAACUCUACAGUAAUAUAUCAGGUGUACCUGGCUCAGACUGUCUUCAAGCUGUUCUUGGUUGUGCUCAUUGGGUGUUACACAAUCCCUCUGCUGAGCUCCUUCUCCUUCAGUCUUAACUGUGAGGCAGAGGAGCAGGGUCUGGUGGGAUACUCCUCCUUCCAGUGCAUCCAUGUUCUCUCCUCUCUGCUGCGUAAUCUACUGCUGGCCUAUAUGAGUCUGCUAGGAGUCUACGGCCUCCUCAAUCUCUACACAUUGGGUUGGAUCUUACACAGUGCUCUGCGUCAAUUCUCCUUUCCCUCAGUAAAGGACGCAAGCUCUUUGAAAGAAUUCCCAGACUUGAGGAAUGACCUGGCCUUUCUUCUGCACAUGCUGGAUCAGUACGACCCCCUACUGGUGCAGAGGCUUUCUGUGUUUCUAUCCCCUCUGAGUGAGCACCCUCUAGGGGAGGACAGCCUGGAGCGCAGCUGGGGGGAGGAGCAGCUGAGGGCCCAGGUCACAGUGGACACAGAAGGCAGCUCCAGACUGACUCUAGUGGCCCUGCCCAGGAUUCCCUCAGCCGUGUACACGCUCAGCCAUCUUCAUGUGCUCAGAUUAGAACUCAUCACUGAUGCUCGCUUUACUGCACAGCUGUCAAACAUGUCCUCCCUCAGAGAGCUGCACCUGUACCACUGCUCUGCUGCUAUAGCUCCCGGUGCUCUGAGCGUGCUACAGGAUCGUCUGGAGGUCCUCCAUCUCACCUUUUCCCACCCCUCACAGCUGCCCAGGUGGGUACACUGCCUCAGGGGCCUGCAGCAACUACACCUGAGUGGCCAUCUGUACAGCGAGGGAGUGGCACGCAGCUGGGCCCUGGGAAGCCUACGUCAACUCCAUCAUCUGCGAGUACUGGUGAUUUAUAGCAUGUUGCAGCGUAUUCCAGGAGAGCUGUGUGAAGUGGCAAGCACUUUAGUGAGGUUGGAGAUCCACAAUGAAGGUACGAGGCUGUUGGCUCAAAGUGGACUGAAGCGCUUGUUUGGUCUCACAGAGGUGCUUCUCCAGGACUGUCAGCUGGAACGCCUCCCUUCUGCUCUCACAGCACUCACUAACCUGUGCUCUCUUGAUCUGCAACACAAUAGGCUUAGAACUCUGGAAGAAAUUGGUGGACUGUCACAACUACGCCAUCUUUCAAACCUUAGGCUUGCAUACAACCAGAUUGUAGCACUACCACCUUGCAUUAGUGUACUCCAAAAGCUGAAGUUGUUAGACCUCGCCAAUAAUCAGCUCCACAGUGUCCCCCUUGCCCUUUUCACUCUGCGUGGCCUGCAGAAGCUACUCCUGUCUGGUAACCUUUUGCAGCAUCUGCCUGGUGAGGUGAGGGCAUUGCAAUCGCUCACAGAACUGGACGUAAGUGGGAACAGGUUGGAGAGCCUUCCCAGUGAACUGUUCAGUGGUUGUCUAAAGCUGCGUGUGCUGAAUGCAUCUCACAACUACCUGCGCUCCUUACCGCGGGGGGUGGGUGCUUUAACUGAGGUGCAUAGGUUGGACCUGCGCAGUAACAGUCUUGAGGAGUUGCCCUGUGAGUUGGUCCACUGCUCUGGCCUCUGUGGAGGGGGGCUGUUAGUGGAGGACUGGCUAUACUUGUCUUUGCCCCUACUUGUCCGGGACCUGCUCAGUCAAUCCCAGUCCAGCUCUCGGCCGGAGUCCGAUACUUUUCCAUAUUUUUCUCCAACACAGUGGUGCUUCCACUCUACUCUGGAAUCACAGAUUUAA